AAGGUUCAGAAUUGGACUGCGUGAAGGUGUAGAACAACAGGAAUAAUUAACUAUCCGUAGAAAGGGAAGGGGAGGCCACAACCACUUGACAGACGGAAUGAAAGCUUGCAGAAUGUGACCUUUUCACUUCUUGCUCCAGCAAACGUCAACAAAGAUGAAGUGCUGAUACAGGCUAAAGCUUCAUGAGGAUGGCUGACUCUCAAUUCCUAGACAAGAUAGCCCAGCUGUCUGAUGAGGAGCUGAAAGCUGCUCUUGAAAAGCAUGGUGAAAAUAUUGGUCCAAUCACAUCAUCUACAAGAUACCUUUUUGAACGUCUCUUGCGGAAGAAGGAGGGCAAACCGGACAUUGGCGAUGCAGUGCCUAACAGUGUAGAAGGCAAAGAGGAUGGCACCACUGAAGGCUCCAGUGUCGGUAACAGUAAAGAGAAUGGAGGAUUAGCCUUGCAACCCCAGAAGCCAGAGGUGCAUGUUUACUUCGGUGUUUUUCCACCAGACAAUGUGGAUGUUUCUGGUGAUCCAGACUUCCAGUUGGUUUAUACUGACAAGAUGUCCUGCUUAGCCAUGAUGAAAAAGUACCGUGGUUCGCGCUUCAAAGCUUUUAGGUCAUAUGAAGAAGCACUCCAGUUUGCUGAAAAUGGACCGGAUGUUGCCAUAACGCAGGACACAAAUGGUCUGGAUGGCAAUGUAAAUGCUGAGCGACCAAGUCCUUUUCGGGGCCCCAAGUCACAAGACCUUGUCAAGUUUCGUAAAUCCAUAGAAAAGGAUGAUAUGAGUUAUUUCACAAAGUGCAUAAAUGAAAAUCCCAGAUAUCUUGUUAGCAGUGGGGACACACCAGCCAUCUUACAAGAAGGCUCACGAUACAAUGCUCUCCAUGUUGCUUGUCGUAACAACAGGGCCCAAUAUGCUGCAGAGGUGCUAUUGACAGUUUCGAAGGUUGACUUCUUCCAAAAGCUCUAUCCCGAUGACACCCUCGAGAGCUCAGAGAGAAGAAGCGCCUUCCUCUUGGACCUAUACUUGAACACCCCAGACAAAGGGCUAAAUGAAACCCCGCUGCACUUUGCCAGCAAGCACGGUUCUCUGGAAUGCGUGAAGACUCUGACGUCUUACCCUGCCUGUAACAAGGGGAGGAGGAAUAAGUUCGGACAGACGCCAUCCGAUAUCAUUUGUUCGCGUGUAAACAACUCGACAUCGAAGGUCAGAGAGGACAUCCAGUGUCUCCUUGGCGAGCAGUUUUACAUCCCACUCUUCAGGGACGAUGACCACUGUCUCCUGCCAGAGAUAGGUCGUCCGUGGUCCCCGAUCGUGGACUCGCCUACAAGUCCCCUGACGCAGGACCAGCUUCUGGUGUCGUCGUGUAGUUCUGCUAGCCCAAUGAGCCCUAUAAGUCCUUCAUUAAGGGUCCGAGGUUAUGCUGGCCCCAUGAGUCCCUCCCAAGCCGAGACUUUGUAUCGCUGCUGGAAAGAAAAUGCUGUGUCAUCGCCAACAAGGCAUUCAAAGGGACGAGUGGCGUCUCUGAGGCUCACUGACCAGGAUAAAGGGCUAGAGAGGAUAGGCAGGGAGUUGGCAGCAGACCAGGGCAUCUCAUGGAACGAGUACUGGGAAUUCCUAGGUGACUUUGCCAAUUUCCGAACUGAGCGAGGUUUGCAGAAGCUUGAAGUCUUCCUCAAGGACAAAUAUAAGAAGCUUAUGCAAGAGCGUGGGCAAAUUGCCGCAGAAGAACUAGCAAUGAAACUAAAUGAAGAAGUGAGAUGGAAGGAGGUGCAGUCACCUGCCGAAGGUGAAGGUGAUGCUAGCUUACCAAAGCUCAAUGACUCGCAUGUUAGCAACACCAGUCGGAGCACAAUGAGUGAACUCUGCCAAGAACUGGAGGCGCUUCGUUUGAAUGUCUCUCUUUCACCUCAGAAUGAUGGUCCAGGGUUUAAGAGUGCAAGCAGCAAAUUUUUGGAGAAUUGGAAGGAGAAAGAAGAGAGGCAAGAGAGAGGGCAGUUAGAAGGAACAUCACAGGCAGAAGAAGACCCAGCCUCAGAACAGCUCUCAUAUAUCAUGAAAUCCAUCCGUGUUGCUGCCCGUCGCUUGGCUGAAGUCUUGGGGGAUUUGGCACAAGACCUUCAAUCAAGUACAGUGGCCAAUUUCUCAGUUACAAAAACAAUAAGGACCAAAUUGAAACCAGAGAUCUUGUGUCUGAAGAAUGUUGUGAGCAAAUGUUGCACCAAAGAGUUAAAGACUGAGCUAGAGUUUGGCUUCAUCCAUGUUCUUCUGGCCUUUAAAGCCACAGAAACCAUCCAAGAGAAUUUGACAUCCUCUGAUAUAUGUACUCUAGCUGAGACACUGAAGGUGUUUGUGUCACACCUGAAUUUCAUACAAGUCCACUCAUCUGAUGAAGAAGAUGCUGCAAAGCCAGAUAUCACAUUAGAAGAAAAGAAAGUUGCAACUGAGCAUUUCAGCUGUGUUGUUAAGUGUCUGGAGAAGGCAUUGAACAUUGCCUACAAUAAUUGCAAUUCAGACAUGCAAGUCUGUGUCAGUGAGAAUGGGUUAAAGUUGCACCUGAUGCAGAUGGGUGACUGCAGGUGUAGGUGGGACAUCCAAAGUGAAGAACAUACACACAUCCCUAAGGCAGCAUCCACUCCAGCAACCACAACCAAGUAUGGGAAAGCAUUCAAUUUCCUUCAUCAGACACUGUUCAGCAAUAACAGAAAAAACUCUGAGGAGGCUCAAAGUCAAGCAAAAGAUGAAGCUAAAGAGGCUGUAGUGAAGAAAUUAACCUUUGAUGAAGAUGGAGAAGAAGUGAUUGAGGCAAGUCUAAGGAUCAGACAGAAUGGAGACAUAUCUGAGACUUUGGUCAACCACAGUGCAGCUGGGGCUAAAGAAGGAGAGAACACACAGGCAGCAGUUGACGAGAAAGGAGGUUAUGCUGGGGAUAAUGACAGUUUUGAAACUGCUCCUUCUUCAGUGCAUGAAGACAUGGUCACUCCUGAGGAAGGAAUCAAAGUCUAUAUGCAUGGCUUGGAGGCCAGUAAAGUAGAUGUGGACGUGAUGGCAGCCCUCGGGGACGCGAGGAUCAACGAGGAGAAGUUUCCCCACCUCGCACAGUGGUUCUUCUUGAUGUCUUCGCACAGCCCAGCGGAGAGGAACAGUUGGGCAUCUCCCUACUAUUGCCGAAGCAGGCGGGCGUCUACUGCCUUCUCCACCCUGUCUAAGCUGACGGAUACCGACUCCCCAGACAGCAGACGCAGGUCCUUCAUAGAUGCAGCUACACCGCGUAUUCUGUUCGCCUGAGGUUUUUUAUUUUAUUUUUGCGCUUGCGGACGAACUGAAUGAAGCCUUCAGAAGCUGACUGCCGAAGAAGUGUCGCCGAGAGCUAGUCUUUAUUCUUUCAUUUUUUUCAAUCCCUGUGUCGGUAUCAUUCUCGCUCGCAAGCUGUCCGAAAGAGAUUGAUGCUCUUAGUCAUGAUCGCAUUCGCUGGUAGAGAUGAGACGUGUUGAGUUGCGUUCAGAUAUGUAGCAUUUGUCAUGUUUAGCUUUUAUUUCACCUUUUUGAAUAAGCUACACUUAACAAACUUGCAUUUGUGUGUGGAGGGCUUGGGUGCACAGCCAUCUGAGAGAACAAAUUCUGCAACAAAAGUGUACAAAGCAUUUUCAGAAUCUGGUUUUGGAAAUGUAUGCAAACAAUAGCUACUUCAAUAUUUAUAUUCGAAAGUAUUUAUGGGAAUUAGCUGUAGUGUAUAAGAUAAUUAUUUUUCUUGAAGAGGUAUUCAAAAUAUAACAUGGUAUUUAUUUUAUCACACCUAUGUAGGGAUAUGUAUGGUCAAAUUACAUAUAUAUCUUCCAAUAAACCUAUGGUAUAAAUCUGUGUGACGGUUGUAUAAAUAAUUGAUAAAAUUCACAGCAAUAUCAAACAAUUAAAUUUGUCAGGGUAUGACAGAAAUAUAUAUUUUAAAAGUAUGAAAAUAAUCCAGUCCAGAGAAUCUAUAUUUUGAUUACGGAUGUAUUUAGAUACUCAAAUAUAUCUUCAUAUUGGAUGAAAUGUAGCAGAACUUUAUUGCGCAUGUAUAUAUAUGUAUUGCUUAUUUUUGUAAUUUGCUAAUCUUUCCAUGUUAUCUAGAGAGCAGUUACCUUCAAUAAUAAAAUUUAGUCAGUAGUUUUAAUGAGAGACAGUUAUUCCUUUUUUUCAUUCUUUUUUAUAAUACUUUACUUCCAGUGUUCGUAGGGAAUAAAGUUCUUGCUAAUCCACA